AUGGGGUUCAGUUUCAACGCCAAAGACAGUUCCGCGCCUCGCGAGGUGUACAACUGGCAACUUUUCUGGGUGAUCUUGGUCGCCGCCGGAGGCUCCGUUAUCUUUGGCUAUGACCUAGCAUUUAUCGGGGGUGUUUUCUCAUUAGAGUCCUUCAUUCGUCGCUUUGAGCUUGCCAACAAGGAUGCCAGUGCCAUACAGGCUCAUAUGGUGAACACCUUCCAGGGAGGUGCCUUCUUCGGCGUGAUAUUAGCAUACUGGUCAAAUGAACGAUUUGGCCGUCGACGAGCACUCAUGGCUGCAGCUUGGGUAUUCAAUAUUGGCGUGGUCCUGCAGAUGGUUUGCCAAGGGAACAUUCCCGUCUUUUACGUGGGCCGUUUCAUCAGUGGGCUUGGAGUAGGUGGCACCACAUUUGUUGUGCCUCAAUACCUGUCGGAAUGUGCACCGUCGGCAGCUCGAGGCGGUAUUAUAGGUUGCUUCGAGAUUGGAGUCCAAGUUGGUACAGUUGUUGGGUUUUGGAUCAACUAUGGGGUCCAGCAAAAUGUUUCGUCUAUCGGAGACACUCAGUGGUUUAUUCCUAUUGCCUUCCAGUUCAUUCCGGCCACGCUGAUGGCUCUUGGCCUAAUCCCUCUUUGUGAAAGCCCGAGAUGGUACUAUUCCAAAGGUCGCCGGGAAGAGGCUACGAAUGCUCUCAUCAGACUCCGUCAGCUUCCAAUUGAACACGAGUACGUGGCAAAUGAGCUCUCGGACUAUGAACGCCAAAUGGAACAUGAGCUUUCUAUUACCUCAGCUUCGGGUUUCAAAGCAAUUGUGUCCGAAACCUUUACCAAGAAAAUGGCUCCUCGGCUUAUCCAUGGCUGCCUGCUCAUGAUCUUCCAAAAUAGCACAGGAAUUAACGCUAUGAAUAAUUUUUCCGUCACCUUCUUCCAGGUGCUAGGUUACCACGGAGCUUCGGCAAAGCUAUUCUCGACCGGAAUUUACGGUAUUGUCAAAGGUAUCGUUGCCACAGUCGGCUUCCUUUUCCUUGUCGAUAGACUUGGAAGACGAACUUUGCUGUUCGUCGGCUCCGUCAUGUGCGCAUUUUCCAUGUUUUAUGUGGGAGCGUUUGCCGCCAUUACCGAUUCGUUUCACACGUCUCAAGACCCUACAGCUGCAUCCAAUAGCGCCGUAGCCUUCAUAUACAUUUUUGGAGCUGGAUAUGCUAUCGGGUGGAAUCUCCCAUGGAUCAUCGCCGCCGAAAUCUUCCCCACGCGGAUCCGAGCGUUCUGCCUGGUCAUGACGACUUGCUCCCACUGGCUCGGAGAAUUCUAUGUCUCGUACGCGGUAACAUACAUGUUCAAAUCCAUCACAUACGGUACCUUCCUAUUUUUCGGUGCCAUGACUGUUCUCGGAGGUCUCUAUGUUUACUUCCUCAUCCCAGAGACGAAUGGAGUCGCGUUGGAGGACAUGGAUAUUCUGUUCGGGGGGAAGGGAUUGGCGACUCAAAAGAUGAAGGCAUACGAGCUUUACAAAGCAGAACGUGACGGAACCAUCAUUCACUCUAAACUCGUCGAGGAUGAAGGUGUUGUCCCAGUCACUAAGAAGUAA